AUGCUGAAUAGAGCACUCGGAGGACUUCGUGCAACCAAUCUCACACAGACAACAGGCUUUGUAGCAAAGCGUUUGCUGACCAGUACCAGGUGCCUCAAAGAGGAAAGCAGAACGCCUUAUGAGGACAAAAUAUACCGACAGCUUGCCAAAGAACUCGAGCCCAAAAGUUUGGUCGUCAAGGACAUUUCAUACGGAGAUGGUGCAAUGUUUGCAAUCUCGAUCGAAAGCGGAAAAUUUAACGGUUUGUCAACCGUGAAGCAGCACAGACUAGUCAAUCGGAUUCUUAAAGACGAGAUUUCCAAGUGGCACGGUCUUCAGCUUAAGACCAAGAAGACGGUGUGA